UUUGGAGUAAGACAAAGCUGAAAACGUUCUACUGUAUAAUCUGACAUUGUAUGAACUUGAACAAACAUCACAGAUGGGUGUUUUAUUGUCCAUCCUUUUAACAAAAGAGUAAGAAGCGGUCCUGUGAGCUUCAGGGGCGUCUUCCUUAGAUCCGUAUACGUUAACGAUCCAAAUGACCUGAGGCAGGACGCGUUCGACUCCGUUUGCGUAGAUUUUUCUAGUAAUAAACUCAUUCUAAAUAUCUUCAUCGGUUCCUUUCAGAUCAUGGCUAUUGUAUCAGACCAUCCAGUCUGGCGACGAACGAGAAGAAAUCAUCACGGUGGAGCGUGGAGGGACUACCUGAGGGACACAAGUAACGACUGCACAAGCCCAAGAGGUCCAGGAACUGCCCCUUUUCAGUGUUCCAAAUGCGAAGGAAAUUCACCAAUGCUGACCUCUGACUAUUACAGCUGUUCCUCGCAAUCUUCAUCUGAAGACGAGAACACAACCUCAAGCUUUAAUAUGAAAGAUUUGAAAACUGUGCUCCAGAAAAGCAAUAACAAGAGGCACUGUCAGGAGAACAAAAAUCACACUGGUGGAACUGCCAGACAAACAGCGCAGUAGUCCCACAAGAAGACUCAACUGUUUUUCUUUUAUCUAGUCUCUCAGUUCUAAUAUAUAAGACAGCAGAAAGACGUGCUCUCAGAUUUUUCGGAAAAGAUUUAUACACUCUGUAAAUACUAAUAUAUUUGACGGUAAUACGAAGGAGUUUUUCUCAACGCUAGACACAGGCAUUGUGUCAAUUUAUUUCUUACAGUGCUCAAAUGGUGGCCUGUUUGAAACCUGGUUACGGUGGUUAUAGCCAUUUUUAUUUUCUGCCGCAUUGUAAGAAAUAACGCUUCAAGUAAGUUAUAUUUGGGAGCCAGCCUUCAGUUAUAAAUGUAU